AUGUUCGGUCACGGACUCCUGAACAAUCCAGCGAGACCCGCAAUGUCACGGACUCGUGUAAGAAUUGAAAGAAGAAGAUGUCUUGAAUCAUCUUAUUUCCAGAAUAACCGAAUUGGAACCAGUGGAACGCUGAGAGAUUCCAACGAAACGGAUUCUACCCGGGAAACAACUUCUAUCCGAGAUACCCGGGAUGGAGAUACCCAUACCAGAGAGGGUACAACUACGGCAGAGGAUACGGCGGCUGGAACGGCGGAUACCGUCCCUACUACGACAGCAGGGGCCAGCCAAGCGACGACCACCGACAAUCCAACGAACACAACCGACCGACAAACGAAAAUCGGACGGGAAACAGUCAAACCAACCCCGGUCAAAACGCCAACGCCAGAAACCCGACCCAGAACCCGGGACAACGAGUCGAUCGGAAUGGCAGACCGUCUCUGAUCAACAGCAUCUCGCAUUUCCUGCUCGGAAUAAUGAUGCUCGCUCUACUGCCUGGAGCGACGGCCCUUCAAAUCUGCGGAUUUGGAGAAGCGGGAAACGUGUUCGUCCCGCCUACGCCGAUCAACUGCAACUUCCAAACGACACCAGCACUUAAGGAGUGCGCCGUCCGCGUGUUCGCACUCCGAAACCAUGCUACAACGAUGGAAGCCAACAAAUGCUUCAAGUACCAAGUCGAGGGCGGGAUCUUCUCGUUAGAAUCGUAUAUUUUCGUGCCAAGCGUCUUUGAGUGCUAG